UAAGAGGCCAACAACAAACACAUGCACAUGAAAUUUCUGUGUGUGUGUGUUUAUGUCUGUUUGUGUCGGCAACUGUUAUAAAGACAUGCUACUGUCUUGAGCUUUAACACAAAAGAGGCUUACCGUACUAAAGAAUUUCAACUUAACUACAAUUCUAAUAACCUCAAAUUCACAUUUGUAAGAUGGAAAAACCACGAACAGUUCAGCAGUUGAGCGAGUUCAACGAUCUGUUAACCUGUCGCAUAUGUCAGGGUUAUAUGAUAGAUCCGACCACCUUCGACUGUUGCAGUCACACAUUUUGUCGCAGUUGCAUUUUGAAGCAUUUGCUGCGCGAUGUCCACUGCCCACAGUGCAAGGCCAGCGGUGGCAGCAAACACAUCAGCGAGGAUAACCUCAGAUCCGAUGACACUUUGCGUGCGCUGAUUUACAAGCUAGUACCGGGUAUAUAUCAACGGGAAUGCCAACGCUUGGUCGAGUUCGAGCGAGAACAUGGCUUUUGCGAUGACGAGGAAGUGCUCCAGGAGUUCUUUGCGCCGGCGGAACCCAUAAGUUUGUCCUUGGAAUAUCAUCCCGCAAUGCUGAAAAACUGCAGCGCCGCUGAUAAGCCGCAAGUUUAUUAUCUACAAUGUCCCGCCGGCCUGCGCGUAGGACAUUUGAGAAGGUUUCUCUGCUCAAAGUAUGACAUUGAUGCGGAGAGUCGGCAAGUGGAGGUGGAGGUGACAUACGAGGACGAAGUGUUGCCGCAAAACUUUACGCUCAUGGAUGUGGGCUAUUGUUACAAAUGGGAGCGGCACGCGCCCAUGGCUUUUAGAUAUAGAAUACUGUUGUUUGAUGGCGAGGAGGAGCAGCGCAUAAAAAACGAUGAAAACAAUUUAUCAAAGAUUAAUAAGGAUAAUGCCAUUGUGCCGCACAAGGUUAGCAAGAGCGUAACCUUUGCCGACGAUGUGGUCGAGCUGCCCAGCAAGACGCGUGGCAAGCUGUCCAAGAGCAGCAAACGUGCCACAGGCGGCGGUGGCAAGCGCGAGGAUAACAAUGGCUAUACGCUAAGCAAUUUCAAAAGUUUACGCAGCAACGAUAUGCGUUACAGCGAUUACGGCGUAAGCUCCACAACGGCCGCCAACCAAGUGCGUGUCAAAUGCGAGCCCGAGGAGCAGCAGCAGGCGGCGCCGCCAGUGACCAACAGCACCAAUAUGAUGAGCAUGGUGAGCAUACCGCAGUCGCAGCUAAGCAAAGCAGUGAACUUUGAGGAUGAGCUAAGCUACGAGCUGAAAACAGCAAACAAAAAGAAUCAGCUCAAGCUAAAGAUUGAGCUAAACAAUUUGAAAGUGAGACCAAGUGUGCCCAAGUCAGCGGAGCCGCGACUGGAAACGGUGGCCAUACAACAGCAGCUGGACUUGGAAACUUAUGCUAAGAACAUUGGCCUAAAGCCCAUAGAGCCGUCGCUUAAGCUCAGCGCCGCUGCUGCGCCCAGCAAUGGCGCCACUGUGGAUGCCAGCAACAGCUCCAGCAGCAGCAGCAGCUCCUCACAUCGCAAGCGCAAGAAGAAGCAUUCAAAGGAGCCCAAGGAUGCAAAUGGCAAACGCAAGAAGCUGCAUGCGGAAAUCUCAUCGCAAACUGAUGGCAAAAUGAAAAUGAAAAUUACAACAACGCCGCAUAAUCAUAAAUCGCAUAAGCUGGAGCUGAAACGCGCGCAUUCGCUGGCGGGCGGCGAGUUGCUGCAGCUGCAGCAGCAACUGGAGCAGCAGCUGGAGAAAACGCAAGCCUUGAAUAAAACGCUGGGCGAAGAAUCGCGCAGCAUUAACAAUUUGAUGCCGGUAGCUGCAGCAGCCACAGCAGCAACUCCAACGCCGCUGCCAGCGCCGCCGCAGCUGCUGCCCAAGCCGCCAAAGCCAGCGCUAAACAACAACAACAUUACUAAUAACAACAACAACAACAACAACAACAAUCGCAAACCUGUGCUGCCCAUAACGCCGCAUUUUGUUGUGCCACAAGCGCCGCUGCGGCAAGCGCCAACCUAUCAGCUGCAGCGCUACGCCAGCACGCCCAGCUCCAUCGCCAGCUCAGCCAACAAGCAGCCCAAGCGCGCGCUCAGUCUGGAUGAAACUCAGCAGCAGCAGCAGCAGCAGCAGCUGCAGAAGCAGCCGCGUUUGGACUUGCAACAGCAGCAGCGCCUGGCCAAGCUUAAGCCCGCCGUCUAUGCGCCGCAGCAAACGCGUUGCUAUGGACCCGAGUUAGCGCCAAAGCCUGCGCCGCGCCAGCUCUGCCCCGCCAGCUUGGCUAGCCUCAGUCAGUCACGCCCACGUCUGCCCGCUGCCAUCAGCUAUGCGCCCAUGCCCUCGCUGGAAAUUGUGCGUUUAACUGCAGCGGCUGUUGCUGCUGCAGCAGCAACACGUCUCAUGGGACCGCCAGUUGCGCCGGCCAAACGCGCCAGCGCCAGCAUUGCCGCCCUGCCGCUGCCUGUGCCCACCAUGGUCAAGUCGCCGCCGCUGUCCAUUGCACUUGCCGCACAGCGACAACACAGCAAUAGCAACAACAGCAACAGCAGCAAUGUUGCUGCUGCUUAUCGCACAUCGCCGCCUGCAUUAAUAAAUCUGCGCAACAAUGCGCCGCUUGCGUUUGCAUCAAAGUCAGCAGCGGCAAAAGCUGAACUGAAUUCAAAGAAACCAGCAACAGUUGCCGGCACAGCGGGAGCUGCAACAGCAACAACAACAGCAGCAGCAGCAGCAAGUCAAAGCAAAGCCAAUGGCACUGCAGCGCUGCUGGACAAGUCGAAAACAAGUUUGCGCGACUUUCGACCAGCAGUAACAGCAGCAACAACAACAACAACAGCAGCAGCAGCAGCAGCAGCCACAGUGACAGCUACAACAACAACAGCAACUAAGGAUGCCGACAUACUUGAUUUAUCAGCUGCAGCAGCACGCAGCAGCAGCAAGGACAGCAACAACAACAGCGACAACAACAACAAGCAGCAAAUUGGCGCCCAUAACAAACACAGCAGCAGCAACAGCAACAACAACAACAACUGUAGCAGCAGCAACAGUUUGGAAGCAGCGCUAAACAAAAUCAAGCAAAAUAUUAAUGCCAAUAGCAGCAGCAGCAGCAGCAGCACAGCAGCAACAACUGCUAGCGAUAAUCUGGAAAACCUUCACUUGCUCAGCGAGUCGGCAACAGCGCGCGAGAAAAUCUCCAUAAAGCUGAGCAACAUCUAUGAGAACAAGUCGAAGAAUGCGCUGGUGCGACCACAAAAUGCCUCAGUGCGCAGCAUACCCAAUCCCUCAGCUUUAGCGUUUCGCAAUCAGGUCUGCAGCAGCAGCAGCAGCAGCACAACAACAGCAGCAGCGACUACUGUUGCUGCCAGCAGCACAGCAGCAGCAGCUACUACAGUUACAGCAGCAGCUGUAGCAGCUGUAAAGCCAUUGGCCAUCAAAGCUGAUGAGAAAUCCAAGUUAACAGCGGCGCCAAUGCUGCUUAGUCCCAACAGCAGCAACAACAACAACAACAACAACAGCAGCAGCAACAAUAAUGCAGCAGCAACAUCGCCGCGUGCCAUCAAAAAAGCCACAACAAUCGAUCAAGUUGCUGCCAAUUUGAACAUACGCGCCGAGGCUAAAGCUGCAGCACUUGCCGAGCCGGCGCCAGCAGCAGCCAGCGGCAACACAGCUGAAAAGCCCAACAGCAGCAAAACUGAAGUCAGCAAGGAAUCAACAGCAGCAGCAGCAGCAACUACUGUGGCAACAACUUCUUCUGUGGCAACUGCAACACCCACGUCAGUUGCUGCUCCCGUCUCAGUGCCACUGCUUAGUCUACCCAGCGCUGCUGCUGCUGCUGCUAAUGUCCCCGAGUCGCUGUCAAAGCCGCCCGUACAAAUUGCCGCUACCGACACUUUGGCACCUGUGGCAAGUUCCGCUUAGUGACAAGCGUUUCUUUGGAUGUCCGGCACGCAAAUCUAUCUGGUGGCGCCACUGGAGACGCUACAGCGCAACUGAGUUGAAGACGCAGUCUUGACUUACAAACGAGGCCGGAGUUCAAGUUGAAGACACAACCAAUUAGCACAAAAUGCGCGCUGAGUUAUUAAAGACGAAGACAAGCGUAAAAAGGUUUGAGCGCUGCACUCGUUACAAAGAGCAGCGAGUAGCGAGUACAGCCACAAGCAUUAACCACAAAUACCUUCAAUAGAGAGCAAAGCAAACAUUACACACACACACACACGUACAUAUAAACACAGCUGAGUAUAAAAAGUUCGCAAACAUGCAAAUAUUUGCGCUGGAAUUAGUACGCGUCUAAAUAAAUUAUAAAUGUUAUGAAA